GAUGUAAAAUCAAUAAUAUCUAGUUCUAAAUCUGCAUAUGUUGCAGUGGUCAAGACAGCAAUCUUAGUUGCAUAGGUUCAAGUAUAAAUUUAUUGUUUUUACCUUUCGCGGGUUCCAGAUAUGGUGUACAUAUCGGAGGCGAAUCAGGAUUUGAGAGUUACAUGUUAACAUGUUCAUAUAGUUUGCUGCGGAAAAGGAGAUGCAUUAUGCCGAAAGAAUGCAACAUAAAAUGUUAGCUCAUUCUUUUAAGCUUCCAGUUUUGGUUCAUUCACUGUUUAUGUUGUCAACUUUUGCCUUGUUUCUGUCUCUGUCUUUCGUUUUCUGUUUUGGUCUAGGUUGUUUGUUCAUUCCUAACUCACGGCUCUUGACUUUCCGGUUCCACAUGUUCAGGGUGGCUUUGUUCGGCAAGAGUUGUUAUAUCUUCUACAAGAUGAAAAAGAUGUUCAUUUCACGUUUGGGCGUGUUCAAAACAUGUUCAGGGUAUGCACACCUCCAAAUUCUGCCUCAACAUAGCCGGUGACACCCCAUCAUCAAAUCGCCUCUUUGACGCUAUUGCUAGCCACUGUAUCCCCGUCAUCAUCAGUGAUGAUAUUGAACUUCCGUACGAGGACGUGCUUGACUACUCUGAGUUCUGCAUAUUUGUUCGAACAAGGGAAGCUCUUAAGCAGAACUUUCUCGUAAACAUCACCAGGAACAUUGGGAGGGACGAGUGGACGCGAAUGUGGAAGAAGUUGCAGGAGGUUCAGAAAUUCUAUGAGUUUCAGUUUCCGUCAAGGGAGGGCGAUGCUGUCCAGAUGACAUGGCAAGCAGUUGUUCGCAGAGUUCCGGCUAUCAGAAUGAAGUUACCCAAGUCUAGACGAUUCUCUCGAACAGUUUCUCAGAAGGAGACGGGGUUAAGCAGGAUACCAUCACCAAGUAACUUUUGGUAAGACGGGGGAAUUAACACUGUCUGUCUCUGCAGAUUUUCUGACUAUUAACAACCACACAGGACUAAACUACAAGAAACAACAUUGUGCAAACAUCUUCAUUUGCUCCAACAUUAGAAAAUUAAAUUGGAUAAGUUAGUUCUACGCCUUCAAAACCGAUUCGUUCUUCGCUCCUACUCAGGAUAGAAUUCAGUUGGUAGUCAUAUUUCAUUUCUAAAGAAAAGGUUGUCAUCCGUAAACUCAUAAUAUUUUUAUCUGGUCACUUGCAUCCGACAUUCUUACACGCAUUUUGUCCUUGUCGUUGUGUUGUUUCUGUUGGUAUUCACCGGAGUUUGCUUACUCAAUACCAAAAUAUGUGGGUGAUAAGUUUACAAACUCUAUCACACCUCUCACUUUGCACUCUCAAUAAAAUUGGACAAAGAAAGAAAUAGAGAAAGGAGGGAAGCAACAAGCUUUGGCAAAACACUUGGAUUUUGAUAUAUGACAAAAGGUUUACAAACUGAUGGAAUAAGAAAGCUUACAAGCUUCUUCACAAUUGGAAGUGGGAUUCGGAUUGGAUGAUUCUAAAGCCUAGCAAGGAGGCUUAUUUAUACAAGCAGAAAAUGAAUAAACAAUAAGACAACACAUGCAAACAGAUCAUGUGAACUUUGGACAGCUACAACAGCUCACAUCUCUGCUGUCUUUCAACACACUUUCAGCUAGCACAUGGAGGAAACUUUAGUCUUUGUAGUUGCAGCAUGUGUGGAUACAACCUGUAAAGAAACUACCAGCUAGCAGCAACCUUUUACAGACUGUUUUUAUUUGAAUUUCCAACAGUUUCGAGCAACCAACUGGCAAAAUGAUCGUUUGGAUGAUCGUACCGGUGAAUAGGCUUGCAUUUCUUGUCAAUGUGUAUGAUUUUUCUGGGUUUCUAUUCCCUUCAUGGGGACUGCUCUGUUUGGCCAACUGGAUGUAGACCGUGGUCUGUUUUUUCCAUUUUGCAUGAAAACUUGAAAGGACGAAUGUGUGCAGGAAAUAAAAAUUGGUGGUCAAAUUUACAUAAAUUAG